GAGAGGAACAGAAACUAAAAAGGCUCCGCUUGUGUCUCACAUGACACAAACCAAUACAGGAAGUGCCCGGGCAGCUAUUAGCGGCGAAAACAACAACCGUCACGAUACGAACUCUUCCAGCCGAACAAAAAUGGUCUUGUACCGCACAGGGAGCAAUUGACAUUCAAGAUUAAAACAAAGUCCGUGGAAAGACGAAGAUGGAGGCGAAAGGAGCGCUCGGCGUCGCUCUUCUGUCUGUCAUUUCUCUAAUAUCGCAGGUAAAUUGCCAAGAGGCUGUUUUGCACAUCUCAAAUGGAAGUUUAGUUCGGGACUACUGCCUCGUCUUCAAUCACUCCUGGACUCCUCUUGAAGAAACGCUCGAUAAAGCUACGACAUACAAGCUGGUGAAUCUGACGUCCACUGUGCUGUGUGACGACUCGGGAGUCCGACCAGAGGUGGUACAGGGCAAAGCUCUGGUGGUGAUGAGGGGAGAAUGCGGAUUCAGUCAGAAGGCCAUCAUAGCCCAAAAACUUGGUGCUAAGGCGCUGCUUAUUGCGAGCAACACAACACUGGUCACUCCAUCAGCCAACGAGUCAGAGUAUCCAAAGGUCCUCAUUCCUCUGGCUCUCAUGAGAUACAGGGACUUCCUGUCGGCCAAGCGUGUGUUCGGCGAAGGAAUGGAAGUGAAGCUGUACGCGCCGCAGUACUCUAAGAUUGAUCUGAACAUCGUCGUCCUACUGCUGAUCGCUAUAGCAACGGUGGCUUUGGGCGGCUUAUGGAGUGGAGCGUGUGAACGCGAACGACUGAAGAGCUUCGCUGCCGGAGGAGGAGCAGAAGAACACAAAACGGACAGCAGCAGAGUGCUCUACUCCCCCCUCAACAUCAUCAUCUUCGUCAUUGUGAUGUGCGGGAUGCUGGUGCUCAUGUACUUCUUCUACAAAGUCCUCGUUUACAUCAUUAUCGCCAUCUUCUGUUUCGCCACUGCCUCAGCACUGUUCAGCUGCCUGGAUGCAGUGCUAGACUUAAUCCGUUGUGGCACUUUAAGCUUUUCUGUGUACAACAAGAACUUGUCAGUGAGGUCCAUCCUGCUGGCUUCUGUGUGCAUUACUGUCGCUGUGAUCUGGGGAGUGUACAGAAAUGAAGACAGAUGGAUCUGGAUCCUGCAGAACUUGCUUGGCAUUGCUUUUUGCCUCAACUUCAUGAAGACCAUCACACUGUCCAAUUUCAAGAUCUGUGUGAUCCUGCUGAGUCUCCUCCUGCUGUAUGACGUCUUCUUUGUGUUCAUAACUCCUUUCUUCACAAAGAAUGGAGUCAGCAUCAUGGUGCAGGUCGCUCUCGGCCCCGACGCGUCUGGAGAGAAGACACAAGGUAACAUGGUGGAGAUCCCAGCUGAACCCCAGCCUCCUUCUGAGAAAAUACCCGUGGUGAUGCGCGUCCCGCGGUUCUCAGCUUGGACUCAGAACCUGUGUGGGCUGCAGUUCUCCAUCCUCGGUUACGGAGAUAUCAUUGUCCCAGGCCUCCUGGUGGCCUAUUGCAGCAGGUUUGACAUUUGGGUCAACAGCAGGAAGCAUGUCUACUUCAUCAGCUGCGUUUUUGCCUACCUCCUGGGACUGGUGCUGACCUUUGCAGUGAUGCUUCUGUCGGGGAUGGGCCAGCCCGCCCUGCUCUACCUGGUGCCUUUCACCUUGAUAACCUCCGCCGUGGUUGCGGGCUGCAGGGGGGAGAUGAGGCAGUUCUGGACGGGAACGACAUACGAGCAGGUUUUGGAUUCAUCCAGGGAACCUUUGCUGCCAGGGUCAGCGUCUCGCUAAGACGCAAAUCCCAACAAAUGAAAACUGCCAUGUGGAACAUCAAAGUGUUUUCCACAAACAGACCACCAGGUGUCUCCACAUGACAAAAAAACAACAAAAAGAAACAAUUCAGAUGAAAGGCCAACACUUAUUUGAUGCGGCUUAAAUAAAAGUUGUGGCCCUGGAACAGCUCUUUAACUUCAUCUCUUUGUUUCUGCAUUAUGUUGUGCAGCUACUCGUCUUCCUCAUCUCCCGCAUUCAUUCGUCCUUUCCAAUCAACAGGGAUAAUAAUGAGUUGAUAUUCGUUCGACCUUUUUGCAUGCUGUUGCUUGCGGUUAGCGUUGGAGAGCUAUUGCAUGGAGUUUGGAUGGUUUAGGAGAGGGAAGAACUGACCGGUCCAUAGGGGAAAGCUGCUGAGCUCCGACUGCUGGAAUCACUUUUUUUUUCUUUUUUUUACAAUGGUUGUUUUUUUUGUUUUUUUUUUUUGUUUUUAUUUCACAUUUGCAUUGCAAGGGAACACUGUCUAUUCUGACUUUUCUGACAACUUAGAAUCACUUUUACUGAUGUGAUCGGGAGCUUGGGAACUACCAGAUCAGCCCACAGGAGAUGUUGGAGUAAUUGAAACGUCUUGUAGUGCCUGAGAGGUCUGUUAUGUUUACUAGCAGAAAUCAGCGAUGACUUCGCCUCGGCGGUAAACGAAAUUAGAAAGCACUUUAUAGAAUCUGGCUUGACAGAAUGAGGGGGGUUUAAAUAACAUCUACCUGCAGAAUAAUAUAAGUUUGAUAACUGGGUUUUCUGUAUAAUCUUUUUUGUAAGAUAUGAUUUUUUUUCCCUUUGCCUUAUAAUAAAGAAACUACUUAAUCUCCU